AUGCAUGGUCCAGAGCGGGACACCUGCCCCGGGCGGUCCACCCUGGAACCACUGGCCCACCUGCAAUUGCCCGUGACCCCGACAGGGUCAGCCACCAGCCCCAGGCCGGGCAGAGGAGAGGGGUGCAGUGUGGGCAGAUGCCCGGGACUGGACUUCACGCUGACCACUGGUCUUGCACCCCCCGACCCUACGGGCAGCCUCCACCUGGGGAGCGGGGCCCUGGGCGAGUCCGCGGGCCCCUCCGGACCUCAGACCCCACAAGGGCUGCUUCAGAGACCCCAGCAGGCAGCCCCAGGCGGCCCGCGGGAGAGGUGCCAGACCGCCCUGCCGCCCGCCCCCAGGCACCACAUCCACUACGUGAUCCCGUACGACGGGGACCAGUCGGUGGUGGACGCCUCCGAGAACUACUUCGUGACGGACAACGUCACCAAGCAGGAGAUCGACCUCAUGCUGGGGCUGCUGCUCGGCUUCUGCAUCAGCUGGUUCCUGGUGUGGAUGGACGGCGUCCUGCACUGCGCCGUGCGCGCCUGGAGGGCCGGCCGGCGCUACGAUGGCUCGUGGACCUGGCUGCCCAAGCUGUGCAACCUGCGGGAGCUGGGCCGACGGCCGCACAGGCCCUUCGAGGAGGCGGCCGGGAACAUGGUGCACGUGAAGCAGAAACUCUACCACAACGGCCACCCGAGCCCGCGGCACCUUUAGGCCGCGCGCAGGACUCUGGGGGCCGCUGGCCACCGUGCCCACGAACACCGGACUGGACGGCCGCCUGAGCCAGGGUGCCCCGGCCGCCGGGUGUGUCCAGCGGAAGGUGCUGUCUCUUCUUUUUAUAAAGGGGUCGGGGUGGGGCCGGUCUGGGGGCAGGACCCCGGUCUCCAGGGCCAGGCAGGGUGCGGGCGCUUGGGCGGCGAGGCCCCACGCCCUGCGCCUGGCCGGGGACCACGUCCGUUACCUAGAGCCGAGCCGGCUGUGUCCUCUCCGUCCUGGCGGAGGGGAAGCCGGGAAAGGGUCUGGGCUGGGCAGGGGGUCGGACCCCGGCCGCACCCACGUCUGCACACGGGAGCAUGUGCAUGGGGCGUGUGCGUCCGCGGGCCCCAGUGAGGGGUGGGAGGCCCCGGCCCAGCAGCAAUAAGGCCCCUGAGCCCCGCUGUGGCGAGUGCGGCCACCCUGCCCAGGGCAUCCCUGGUCGGCGCCUCACUGUGACCCCCGCCCCUGCUGGUCAGUAAAUUCUCCAGAAAGCUCCA